AUGAGUUCUGCGAUAUCUAGUACUGGCACUCAACCCUACUGCGUGACCUUCUCCUAUGGCACUGACUACCUGUCGUUCGUCUGCUCCGAAAAGGAGGGCAUCGAGUAUCAAAUGGAGCCUUAUUGGAGCGGAUUCAGGGACCCGAUUGCGUUCCCCGUUUACACCGGAUCAAACGGUAUCUCGACUGGAACACAAUAUCCAGCUGGAUACCCGACGCCAUCUUCAACGACAAGCUCAAGCUCAAGCUCCACCACGACCACCUCUGCCUCGGGCACAUCCCCAGGGACCUCAGGGUCGUCUGCUACCUCGAAUCCAUCCGAUCACCGCGGCAGUUCUGCCCCCGUUGGUGCAAUUGUUGGAGGUGUCAUUGGUGGCCUGGCUUUUAUCAGUUUGAUUGCAGGAGCCAUCAUAUUCUUCCUAAUGCACCGUAGACGGAGACCACAGCCAGGACAAUACCAGCAGCCUGCGUCUGGUUUCCCACCAGGCUCUCAACCACCCGCUUCCCAAUACCCUCAUCCCGCAAACCCAGCCAUGAACACAGGUUUUCCUUCGAAUGCAUCGGCCCCAAUAAACCCUCUACCUGGCCAAGGUCCUCCACAGAACCCCCCAACUCAACAGCCACCGCGCCACGAAAUCGAAACGGAGUAUAACAAGCCCGAAUUAGAUAUAUCCAGACAACAACCCGAGCAGACCUACCUGAACCAGCAACCCGAGUUACCGGGGAUGCAGCCUCUUCAACCAGAGACUGCCCUUCCGUAA